AUCGCAAUCUUUACACAGACCUAUCUCUCCUGUUAUCUAAUAUUCCGAAAUUGAGGAUUUUGUACAGCUUAAUAAUUAUUACGAAAUCGUAUUGCACAAAUUCCCAGCCAAGUUUAGAAUAAUGAAAAACGCAAACUAUCUCCGCGCUUUCGGUGUAUCACGCUGUCCAAUAUGCAGUCGCUGUGAUGUAGCCACUAGCUAAACUAGCUUCCUGCACAGCUGAAAGUCAGCAUCAUCGCCACUCCUCCCAAUAGGAAGGGCGCAUUCCGGAUAGCUAGCUGGCUAGCUGUACUCACCAUAACGAUGGCAGUUAACCUCAGCAAAAAUGGCCCUGCAUUAACAUCUGCAUUUCAAGAAGUUGUAGAUGAAAAGUCCAAUACUAACUGGGCCCUGUUCACCUACGAGGGAAACAGUAAUGAUAUCCGCCUGGCAGAAAAGGGGGAUGGAGGACUGGAGGAGUUGGUGGAGGAAUUGAACAAUGGAAAAGUGAUGUACGCUUUCUGCCGGGUCCAGGAUCCAAAUUCUGGCCUCCCUAAAUAUGUCCUCAUCAACUGGACUGGAGAAGGAGUGAAGGACUCCAGGAAAGGGUUGUGUGCAAAUCAUGUCAGCUCCAUGGCCAAUUUUCUUAGGGGUGCCCAUGUCACGAUAAACGCCAGAGCAGAUGAGGACGUGGAGCCCGAGGUGAUCAUGCAGAAAGUGGCCAAAGCCUCAGGAGCGAACUACAACUUCCACAAAGAAUCUUCCAGCCGCUUCCAGGACAGCGGUCCUCAGGGUCCUGUGGGCUCAGUGUAUCAGAAGACCAAUGCUAUGUCCGAAAUCAAGAAGACCAACAAAGACAACUUCUGGGCUCAGGCGGAGAAAGACGAGGAGAAACGGCGCAAAGAGGAGCGUGCCAAGGCGGUGGAUGAGCGCCAGCACCUGGAGAAAGAGAGGAAAGACCGAGAGUCCAAGGAGGCAACGCAGAGGGACAAAAGGGACAAGGAGCGUGCGUCUCAAAUCGAUGAACAAAAGAAGUACCAGCAGAAGCAGGAUGCUGAGAGUAAAGACCAGGAGAAACAGAACUGGGAGGAGCAGGAGAACCAGGCGGCCCAGAAGAAAGCAGUGAAGAGAGGUGAAUCUGUGGAAAAGGCCAACGAGGCGGCUUCUCUCAUCUCUCAGCGAGCUUUGAACCCCAGAGAGAUGUUCAAGCAGAGAGAGAGGGGAAUAACUCCCAGUGACUCAGACGUCCCCUCUGCUGCCCCUGUCAGCCCCCAGCCAGGGCGUCUGCAAAGCCCUUUUCUGUCUAAGCCAGGGUAUGAACCUGAGCGAGCCAGCUCCCCUCAGCGCCAAGCUUCUCCUGAGCCAGCAGGCUCCGCCUCUCCUGUCCGUGCCGCAGAGCCUGAUGUGGAUGAUGGACAGUCCAGGUGUGAGUAUGAUGAGCAGGAGGCGACCCCGCUGCCGCAGGAGCAGUGUGAAGAGGAGGCACCGGCUGCUGACUCCCAGGUCCAAGAGACGCUUUAUGAAGAGCCCCCACAGCCCCAGGUGGAGGAAACUAACUCCUAUGAGGUGACUGCCGAGGAGACACCAGACAAAGGCACCUGUGCCAGAGCCCUGUAUGACUACCAGGCUGCUGAUGACACAGAGAUCUCGUUUGACCCCGACGAUAUCCUCACCGGGAUCGAGAUGAUAGACGAGGGUUGGUGGCGGGGCUACAGCCCCGACGGCCAUUUUGGAAUGUUCCCAGCCAAUUACGUGGAGAUUAUGUAACUCCUCCCCCCUCACCCCUCACCCCCCUAUCCCCAGAUUAUCACACUGGCAGUCCCAAAGGACCUCUGCAGGAAAACAUCCCACAGCAAAGUCAGUAUUCGUACACAAGUGAGCUGAUCAGACUGAAACCGCAUCAUGGACCAAUGAACGGCUGGUAAUCUUCAGCCAGAAGCUUUUGAAAUGUUUCCUCCUUUUCAAGAAAGCAAUUCCAUUAAAGUGUUGAUGUUGUGAGCAACUGAUGGUAUAGUUUAAAGAUUUGUAAAGACCAAUACUUCCCCCUCCACCCAUACAUUUCUUUUCCUAUAAAUGUGAUGCAGUACAAUAUCAGCCUUUUAUGUUGUGUCUUAAAUUCAGUUGUGAGCGUUUAAAAGCACUUCUAGUUCGCAUUCCUUACAAAGUGACUUCAGUUCCUCUUCAGGUAUAAUUUAGUUGUUACUUGUAGCAAAUGCUCCUGCACAUUUCAGGAAGAAAAAAAAAAAAUCAAAGAUGGCGGUACCAGCUGCAGUAUAAUCUUUUGCCUUGUUUUUGCCUUUCUUUACCAACAGACUGAACUUUUUUCAUUUCUUUUCAUGUGAUUUUGAUCCUGUGAUUUUUGAAACUAUGUUUUAGUACUGGUCUCACUGUGGUUGAAGUGAAUAUUUAAAAAGAAAAAAUAAUAAUAAUGUUUGCCGUGCACUGGGUGGAUUCAGUUCCCUUUUUAACUGAGUGUAUAACGGUCGUCUUCAUUUCAAGUCUUUCAUCUGAACCAGAGUGUUUCAACAUAUUUAACUUUUCAGGGACGAGCUGAAGAGAAGAAAACACAAGUCAGCAUUAUUUGUCUUUGUUUGUAUCUCGCUGGUCUGAGGUUGAGUUUGAGUGCAUAACAGAUGUGCUGUUAUGGUGCCAUAAUGACCGGGGAAGUGAAUGCAGUGAAAUUUUAAUUGAAAAUGGAGAAGUUGAGUGUUUUUAUCCCGGAACAACAUUCUUGCUCUUUUAAAGCUUUGAGGUCAGUCGAUAUAACAGAAAAGAAAAGGGCAUCAUGUAUCCAUUGCAUCAUUCAUUUGUUUUUCCAGAGUAUAUUGUAAUGCAAAGACAUUCUUCAUAAUAAAAUAAAUAAUCAAAA